CCCACUGGAUUCCAUCUGGAUGCCACCCAAUAACUUCUUCCCUCCGGAUCUUCCAACAGUAGCGUGGGAACCAUAUCAGAUGAUGAGGACAAGAGAGGAUGUCCAGAGUUGGAAUAUUAGUUAUCCUUUUGGACCAGUACCAUUUAAAUACCAGCAUCUGAUCCGGCAGAAUUAUUUUGCUGCAACUUCCUACAUGGAUUACGAAGUUGGUCGUCUUUUAUCUGAAUUGGAAAAGGCUGGUUUCGCUGAUAAUACUAUCAUAUCAUUUAAAGGAGAUCAUGGCAAUGCUAUGUUUUAUUUGAAGGGGGAGGGGGAGAGGUAACCUAAAGGGUUGGAAGUAUGCCGUGAAUAUUAAAAUGAAAGAGGGACCUGGGAAAUGUUGAAAACACUGAGCCCUUUGUGGCACAAUUGAGUGCAGAUGUGAAGAGUUAAACAACGUGCAAACAAAUUAA